AGCAAACAAGACGGGUUAAGUUUUCCUUUCUUCUCUUUGCCAGUCCAGCAUCAUGUGUGAGACUGUGUGAAAAAGAGCUGUCCUUUUCACUGUUGUGAUAGACUAUCAGUAAUAAUCCAGGUACAUUAAUUAAAUCCAUGGCUGAGGGGCGGGUUUAAGACAGAAUCCUCCAAAUAGAAACUUCAUUGUAGCCCCGUAGACGGGAGCGGAGAGGAGGGAGGAAUUAGCGAGUCCGCGCGUGCGAUCCAGCGCUUGACAGCCAUCGAUGAGGAAGUGUAAUUGAACCUGCUGAGUGUGGAGGAAAGGAAAAGCGUCUCAUCUCUCUGUUCCUGGAGAGAGAGCGUCGCUCCACGAAUCCCGCGGGCUGGCGAUCACACAGUUGGCUACUGGGAGUUACCGGGAUGUCACAGGGGAUAUUAUCAGUAAUAAUGUGCCAAUAAUGUGCCACCUCAGCGGUAAGGUUUGCGGAGAGAAACGAGGAGGAGGAGGAGGAGGAGGAGGAGGGGUAGACAGCCAGCCCCGGCAGACAGGUGCGACUCCGCCGCCCGUUUCAUUUCUUCCUCGCGGUCCUGUAAAGUAGUAGCGCCAUGGAUACCCGCAAGGAAAACAAGGUAAGGAAAGCCAUGAAACCCAAAACGAGGAAGCGAAAAGAGAAUAAAUACAAAACCGGGAGGUUUGGCAGAAAGAAAUCGCUGCGAUCUUUUGGGAAUUUCAUGGGGAGGCUCCUUAAAACUUUGGGCACUUUGGCGCACUUUGGGGACGCGGAGCCGCCGGACGCGGAGGACGACGACGGCGGCUUCGGGCCGAGCGCUUCGGGGGGUUUCAAAGACGACGGCGCGCAGGUCGCCCGGGAGGGAGCCGCGAAGAAGAGCUCCGUGGCGUCCUCCUCGCACGGCUCGGUGAAGAGCAGGCUGUCGUGGUGCCACGGCGACAAGACCCCCGGGGUGCUGGGACUGAAGAACCACGGCAACACCUGCUUCAUGAACGCCGUGGUUCAGUGCCUGAGCAACACCGACCUGCUGGCCGAGUACCUCGGGCUGGAGCAGUACAAGUCCGAGGGGGGCCACGGGAGGGUGAACGGGGAGGUGAGAGGCGAGGAGCCGCAGGCCGCCCGGGGAGAGGUGACCGAGCAGCUGGCGUCGCUGGUUCGAGGUCUGUGGACCCUGGAGUACACCCCGCUGCUGUCAGUGGAGUUCAAGAGCAUAGUGGCCAAGUACGGCUCUCAGUUUCGGGGAAACUCUCAGCACGAUGCCCUGGAGUUCCUCCUCUGGCUUUUGGACAGAGUUCAUGAAGAUGCCAAUCACAGCCCCAACAACAACAACAUGAACAGCAGCAGCAGCAGCAGCAAGACCAAAGCCCCCGCCAAGGGACCCAGUUCGUCGGAGGAUCCUUCCAGCCCCAGUUCAGCCGGCACGCAGCAGCCUCGAGAUCGACACAGUUUUGUCCACGAACACUUCCAGGCUCAGUACAGGUGAGCAGCACAGACGUGACCAGCGUGCUCACAGAUUACGAACGUGUUUUUUCCUAACGUGUCAGAUUGAUGAUCUCAAAUCCAGUCCUUUCUAGUCUCUUUAACUUUUAGGAAUCUUGCGAUGGCGGCGGCUGGACUGAAUGCAUCGUAGGUUCAAGUCUGGUCGAGUAGAUUCUGUAGCUAUGCAGACUUUUCAUCCAAUCUUGAACCCCUCAUAGACAAUAAAAGCAAAGCAAAGUACAAUUUAAGUAAAUAAUGACCGCAAGUUUGAGGAAUGUCUGACAGCUUGUGUUGUUGUCGUCGUUUCCCCUUCCGCCGACGUUUAAGUGCACGGGCUCACACCAGGGUUCAAGCACGGUGGCCCGAAAAAGUUGUCACAAGGAGAAAUAACCCCCUGCUCCACUUUGUGUGGUACUCCUGACGGAACGGGAUCGGGACAGACGGCUCUGUGCUGUCGCCAUGCGCAACAGAAUGCACAUAUUCCUCACUGAAGCUUCGAAGCCCCCAAAAUGUGUUCGGGACAGCCCCAGUUUUGUAUUGUUUUGUUGUCUAUUUGUUUUUGUGAGUGUUUUCUUCAAGGGGCUUCAUCGUGAUGUAAUAAGUUUGACCUAAGAAAAAAAAAAAAAGAAGACAUUUCUGUCAAAAGCAUAAAACUCAAAACAAAUUUUCCAUCUCAAGUCCCUGAUCAAUUAUGCAGCAGGCUUUCCACCAGGCACUUUAUCGAAUGUCCUGAGGUUGUGUUUAAAUAAACAGGGUGCCAUACAUACCAUUAAAGAGAAUAGGUAUUCAGCACCUGUGGGUAGACAUAAGAAUCCCUAGCUCGAGAAAGUAGGUCAGACAGACCUGAAGAAUUCAUGGGAUUCGUCUUUAGCGCUGCUUUAUGGCUCUUUUGGCUUCAUUCACAGAGCAAAGUCAGAAACUGAGGUUUUCUGCUUUAGUAGCACCUCCAUUAUGGAAUUGACUUGAGACCUUUCAGUAAGCUUUUCGGCACACUUGACGGCGCACAUUUACUUCACCUCUUACCUUCGCUUUCCACUUGAUUCCAGAACAAUAACAAUGCUAUAAACUGGUAAAUAAAGACAAAAUUGCAGACUUGAAUGUUGCGGAUUGGAAAAUCUUGACUAUUUUUAAAUGACAAAAUUGGGAAUAGCAAGGGAAGAAAAACAUUCUCUGUCCUUGCAAACGUUUGUGAUGAACUUCAGCUCAGUGCUACUUGCUAAUAGGUGCAGGAUCAAUUUUCGGACUUUUUAUUAACCAAACGAUAAGAUGCUCAUUUGAAUAUUAUAAUCUACAGAUUCCUAAAUGAUAACAAUAAUGGGAAGUUGUCACAAUACUUCGCUUAUCUGCCCCUGUUAAAACAAUCCAUUGACAUUAACACUGGGACAAGUAGGGGUAGGAUGGAACACACUAUGCGUGACAACAGCUGAUCAAGCUCAUUGAAUGUUUCCCUGGUUGCUCAGCUCUGUAGGAAAUGAAUGGACUUUUGCUGAGUUUGGUCACCCGUUUACAUUGUGCACUUAACUCAUGUUCGACAAGCAAAGGCGUAUUUGUGUGUGUGGGUUGAGGGAAAGAUCACACCCGAAACCAAAACAGACUUUGGAACGAGCAUGAACAGGUGAACACGUGCCCGUAAACAAAGUGAAUCCUGUGCUUCUCCAAGCUAUAACUACCACAUAGAAAUUUCUGUGCUCACUGGAAAUGGGACACAAAUAUAGACAAACGGGAUCAUGAUGCUCACAGUCUGAAUAUCCAGAAUAGCCCCGUCAUGUUUGGAUCGACACACACACAGUCGACCCGCGGCAGAUUAGCACGCGGGCCGAUCAAUAACGAGGUCAACCCCUGACACUCGUACGGUAUUGACCAGCACACUGCGAGGUUAACCAGCCCGUUCAUUCGUGGGAUCAUCCCAUUCCCUCGUCGCCGGAGGAUGGAUUGAACCCUUGGAGGCGGACUGUAUCCCCGCGGACGCUCGUCUCCCAUGAUGCUCUCCGCCUGAGUAAUUGAAAACGGCUCGCGCUGAUUCAGUGGGAGAGACCAGAGGGGUGAAGAUGUUUGUUGACCAUCUCCUUCUGUCUUUUUUUUUUUUUUUUUUUUUUUUUACUGUCUCUUUUUUGUUCUCUCUAACACUAUUCACACUGAUUAUAGCAACAACACUCCAAAAAUAUGGAAUAUAUUUAAUUCUGAGGCUGGUAGAGACGCUGGAGGUAUCCUCUUCUCCCAGCACAGUUAUGGUUUUAUGGAAUGCAUUAAAGCUUAAUAGAAGAGUGAGAAGGGGAGUCAACUGUCACAUCUACUGGUUGACACAUUCAUUCUUAACACUGAUAAUAAGUCCCAUUAAGAACUACUUCAAGAAACAUCACAUGAACUGCUGGGCUUGGUCUAAAUUACUUUCACAUUUACCCUAACUUGAAUGAUUUAAAAUAACAAAUAAACAUCGAUCAAAAAGUUCGGAAAUUAGCGUUUGGUAGAUUAUUUCUCUGUUGUAACAAUGCUUCUUGGCAAUGAAUUUUAUACCGUUGGAAAGCCUGUUUAGUUACUUUAAAUCUGUUAAAUCCAGCUAAAUGUCAAAGUAACACAGACCGAUCAAAUCUGGGUGAAAUUACGGUGAGUGGGAUUAAACGUUUGCCGUUGAACCCCGCCCCCUUUUUGCAGCCUGCAGCCAGGUAUUCCCCCCUCAGUCGUCUUUUGCAAUAAGAGUGUGUGUGUCACUUCCCCCUGCUGACAUUUAAAAUAAACGCUACUGGAUUACAUCAGUGUUGGCUCCACACAAAGCACUAACACUACUUAUUUAUAGUAUAUACGUAUAUAUAUUACAUAUUGUCAAAUGUUACAUUUACAUAGAAAUUCAUUAUCAUCUUCAGUAUAAAAAAACUGCCAUCAUGGUCUUAUAAUUGUUUGAUUUGAAAUAGAAUAACUAUGUAAAUUGUAAUGCUGACAAUAAGUGACACACACACACACACACACACACACACACACACACACACACAAACAACCCUCAUCCUUAAGUAGUCUGAGUCUUAAGUGCAGUAGCAUCUUAUUUUUCCAGUGUGUCCAGGAGUCAUUACUGGUUGUAACAUCCCAGCUAACAAGCUUACCGUGUAACUGCACACCGCAAAAUGUGGGACUGUGGGAUUCACCUGAGGGGGUUUUGAGUAAGAUGUGGAUGAAUAUAGAGAGGAAGUGAAAGAAGAGCUUUUUCCCUGCAGGGCACCUGCCUCACGUGUUGCAGGUUUUAAGGACAGUUAUGACAGACGGAACAGGCGUUUCUCCUUUCUGUUGUGACGUUGCUGGCGGCGAUUACAGUCCUACUACUACAUAAAUAAGUUUAUGUAAAUGCAUAAACAGUAGUGUAAAGCGCUGCAAUCAAUUGUCGCUUAAUCUGCCGAUUCUUUUUUUUUUUUAGUUAGGCAUAUAAUAGUUCAUAAAUUGAACAUACUCUAAAUGCUUUUAUCCAUAUUUUUAUGAUACCUUCAAUCAUGUGUUUCUACGUAUAACUUUUAGUCGCAAUAUUCAAGAGUAAAUCACUAUAUUAUUGAGAAGCCCUAAUGAGCAGUGAUACGUGGUGGUCAGUAGUUUAAAAAAGGUGAACGUAUGCAUUACUUCAUAUAAUAACCUGCUGGCAGAUAGAAGACUCUUCUACAUCUGGUACAUUUACAUCCCAGAACAGUGAUGUUCAUUAAUGUCACUUUAUAACUUCAUUCAGAAAUGAAGCGGUCACCAAGCUCACCCAGUCUUCAUUUCCUCACUUAACAAUUUCUGUUCCAUCUCUUACAGCCUCCACUCAUAUCAUAGAAAUAAAAAAAAAAAAAGUGUUAUUCAUCACUUGUAUUACUUUCUCAGUCCAAGCACUUAACGAAGCGUUGGCGACUCCGCUACAAAACACAUCACAAGCGCAAGUUACGCUCUAAUUGAAACCGCCGAGUGUUGAUUUGUUUCCAAACUCUGCGGCAGCAUCAUCCCCGGUGACUCACUCUCGUUUAAUAAAUGAUGGUUUGGAAUUUGUUUUCCACUCCGGGUUUCAUCAGACCGUUCUCCAGUGUAAAUAUGCCUUUUAUGCAUUUGUAUUCUCACCACAUUAGCCCGUCUCAGCCUGAGCUGGUUUCAGUCUGCUGAGUCGGGGGACCUUCAUGUGCUCUCCUUUUUAUUUUGUGUAAUCACUGGGGAGCCGAAGUCACUCCGGCUCUAAAUGCACUCCAACAAAAGAGCAAUCGCUCACUCUCAAUUUCGCAGCGACUUAUUUUUGUUUUCUUUGUUUCACCGGCUCUCCUCUGUCUCCGUCUCCAUCUGUGUCGCUCUCUCUCUCUGGCCUUCCCUCCUCCUCUCUCUGCCUCUAUCACUUGGCUGAUCUCUCUUUCUUCCCUCGUCUUCCUUCCUGAUUCUUUUUAUAUCUCACAGAGAUGCUCCUCAGAGACAUCCAGUGGAGUUGUCUGAUCUGAAUAAAUGUUUGCGAUUAGAGGCCGGGGCUGUCUUGUGGUUUGAGCUGCCGGUGUGGGAGUCGGCACUCAAGUCGCUACGUUGUGCCGCAGCGUUUGAAUGAGCCUUUGUCAAAAGCCUCCCUCCCUCCCCCCCUCCCUCCUCUGUCUGUCGCUCUCAGUUUGUGGCAUCUAUUUUUAAUGGCCUGGGAGGCGUGCGGAAAGCACCGGCCUCUAUCUCGGUCUUGACAAACAAGAUAGUUGAUGAUGGUUACUUUGUUUUGUUUUUUUGUUUUUUUAUAUCACAGUGGCCUUUAUUUGGAUGCAUAUUCAAUGUGAAAGCGUUUGGGAUAUUACACAGUUUGUAUAAUACAUGUUGUCAGAUACAAACUAGAGUUUCUAUGAUUUCCAGGUUUACGGAGCAAUUGAAACAAAGCCAGCUGAAAAACACAGAGACGUACAUCGUUUUUUCUCAGUCCCUGACAAGUCGAGCCGCGAGCCAUAAACAAUUUAUGUAUUGUAGCGUGAUUUAGAUAUACGGUGAAAUCUGUCCAGCAUGAGACGUUCUCUCCACCAAUCAUAUAUUUUUACGCCAGGUCCUUUGAAGACUCAACGCUUCAUAGGAGAGUGCAAACUUUCUCUCAUCUUCAAAGAUGGUCCGCAGGGGCUCCACUUUUUCCACCCAGGUUGGGAUGGGCUCGCGUUGACCCCUCCGUCUGGUCGCUCCAUCCAUGGCGCAAAAUCUCCCCCCCGCUGGUGUCACCCAGCUCCCUGCAGUACCAGGCUUUGAAGUGGGUGCUAGCCGGUUAGUGCCGGGCAGUACAAAAUGGGAGUGAUUCUUUGAUGUCCUUUAUCCCGUUUUGUUUUGCAACAACACGUCAUUUGCCACCUCACUUUUGAGUUAUACAAUAGUCUACAGUUACACACCAGCGAGUAGCCACUGGAGCCUAAGAUGACCUCUUAACCAUAGACUGUAAGUAAGAGGUGGAUGUAGUCACCAUGACGUCACCCAUUGGUUUGGACUUUUGAAGC